GGGUAGACGGGUAAUUAAUAAUCGAGGGUUAGGGUAGUGGUGUUGGUUGUGUAUGUGGUGGUAGUGGUGUAGGGAGGGGAAUAGGUUUCUGCAUUCGGCUGCAGGAGUCGAGUGAGAACCGAGUGCAGAUAUGUCUUGGAUUUGCCAGAGUUUGCAGCCAACACACGUCUGGCGAGGGACUGCAGCCAGGAAAACCUGAUCAAGGUCGGAGAGAGAGAGGAGGGGAAAAAAGGCGGGGAGUGGGGAGAAGUAAGUGGUGGGGAAAGGGGUAGGUAGUGGUGGUGGAAAGGAAUGAACUGCGUGCGCAGCUCGCCAGCAGCUAGAAGUGGCGACACCUACCCGUUGCAAUCAGGCGGCUGGUGGCGCUGCUGACCGCACUCGACGGCGGGCGUCGUUGACAACAGUGGAACAGCCGGCGAGGUGUGCCGACAAAACGUGGAGGGAGACUCGGAGGUUCGAUCGUCUGGUGUUACGGAGGUCUCCGAUGCCUGCUUGUGCUGCUGCCUGAGUCCACCAUGGAGCACGCGGAGUGAAAGUCAGGUGACAGGAGUCUUGGAGUGCGACGUCACGGGUCACGGAUCACAGUCACGGUUUGGCAAAGGAACGACAAGCCAUGGGGAGCGAGUGGCGCUGGAACCGGAAGCUGCACAGCCAUUACGUGCACGAGCUUCCAGUGUCGAAGGUGCUGGUGGAGUACAUCUUCGUCGACGACGACGACGUCAUGGUCCACAGCAAGUGCCGCACUUUCGAGUUCGAACCCGAAAAGCCAGAAGAUUGUCCAGUCUGGCGAAUAGCCAUCAACUUCCCUGUGGAGAACCGGUUUCUGAAGCCAGUGGCUCUCUACAAAGACCCCUUCCGACGGGGACCCCACAAGCUGCUGCUGUGUGACGUGUACAACGAUGAUUGGACACCGUCAGUGCGCAAUUUCCGGAAAAGUUGUAACGAGACGAUGUCUCUUCAGGAGGUGAAGUCAGCCGAGCCCUGGUUUGGGCUGGAGCAGGAAUACACACUGUGCAACGUGCACGGACACCCCAUCGGCUGGCCACCCAGCUACCAACCACAGCCCUUUGACCCAUUCCACCACGAGGCUAACGGCACGACGAAGGCGUAUGGCCGCGACAUGUACGAGGCCCACCUCUUCGCCGCGCUCUACGCUGGCUGUAACAUUUCCGGGGGCAACGCAGAAGCGUUUCCGGGUCAGUGGGAGUUUCAGGUCGGGCCGAGUGAAGGGGUCAAGGCUGCAGACGACCUGUGGGUGGCUCGCUACAUCCUGUAUCGCUUGUCCGAGGAGUUCGGCCUGGUGGUCAGCCUGGCGCCCAAGCCAGUUCCCGGAGUGAGAAUCGGAGCCUGCGGCGGUCACGUCAACGUCAGCACCAAGGCCAUGAGGGCGGACGGCGGGAUGACACACAUUGAAGCUGCCAUAAAACAGCUGGAGAAAUCUCACCUGCAGUUUCUGGGCAUCUGCGACCCCAGCGGCGGGAGGGACAACGUCAGCAGGCUGCAGGGGUGGUUCUGCACCGCCCCCUACCGCGACUUCCGGUGGGGAGUGGAGGACCGCAACGCCUCCAUCCGAAUUCCGCGGCUGGUGGCGGAUGACGGGAAAGGCUUCCUGGAGGAUCGCCGCCCGGCCUCGAACUUUGACCCCUACCUCGUCACGGACGCUCUGAUGCGCAUAAUCCUUCUUGGGGAGACAACUGUGUGGAACCCCUACGCCAGUAUAGAGGGCGACCACCGCGGGACGUCCACAGACUUAAAUGCCAGCGUGCGACAGAUGGCGAUUGUGUAAUGAUGCUUUUAGUGUAGGUACCCGUAGUCAUUGAGCUGCAUUCCAGAGUUUGAAAAGUCAAUCGCAGUCAUUUUUGUGUGGUUUUGAUAAUAGUAAUUAUUGACAAGCCUCCGUUUUGCCAAUAUGAGACAGCUUGUGUCUGUUGAGGGAACUGCUGGAGAAGGUCUACUAUUUCAGCAAUAAAAAGAAACGGUGUUAGAAUGACAGACAGAUUGUAGUGCGAGGUGAUCGGGUUUAUCUGACAAUUUGAAUCUGUGAAUAAACCAGACGAUCUCGUGAAAGGGUAUGGUUUGUGGCACAGGAAGGGGAAGACGAAGCUGGCAGUUUUGAGAAAAGUAUUCCUUACAAACCUACUAUUCCCUAUGUCUUGUGUGUGUCUGCCAACCUGUUACUUUUUGUCUUAUCUCUUUUAUAACUAAGCUUUUUGUGAAUAAGCAAACUCUCGAGUUUUUUUUUUUUUUUUAUCUCCCAUCACAUAAAUUUGCAUUUAUAAUGAUGGACUGCUGACUUAAAUCACGUGACCCACCGAAAGCCCAACCACCUCCGUUUCCGUUUACGCAUGUUCUAUGGUUAAUCUCCUUGACCAGCCAUAAAUAAUUACACUUACUUCCUAUUUAAAUUGUUAAGUUUUUUUAAAACAUUUCCGAAAAAAAAUCUUUUAACUCUAAAAUAGAAUGGACUUUCCUGUGACCUUGCCCCAUUCUCCAUAAUUAACUCUGCACCUGAAUAGGAUUCGACAAAGAUCAAGAAGAGCAGACAGCUAUCAGCUGCCGUGUGUUCCCCACAACAACCAAUACAGGUCAGGCAGCGGCGGCGUUAGGGGGUGGCAAAUGGGGCGGCCGCCCCAGGCCCCGCUCUCGAAGCUCUUGAAAGCCUCACUACUCGGCAGUC